AUGUCCUCCAGCCAUGCCUCGCUAGACGCGGCCUCGAACGACCGCAAAGCCCGCCUGGCCAAGCUCGCCGCACUUAAGCGCAAGCAACCAGAGCCCGAAGAACCAACAGCGGCCGGUGAAGAUAGUGAAAUCGCAGACAAUUCCGCCUCGGAUGUGACGACAAAGUUCCUCUCUGGCCGCAAUUACGAUGCUGAGACCCGCGGGCCUAAAUUGGGCUUCGAGCAAGCUCCGCACGAGGGCAAAGUGACGGUGGAAGCACAAGCCGCCGAGAUCGCAGAAGCUGUGAAGGAACAAGCUCAAAAGGACGAAGAUGGCGAUCAACCUAUUGAUCUAUUUAAGCUGCAACCGAAGAAGCCUAAUUGGGACCUGCGGCGGGAUCUGGACGAGAAGCUCAAGAUUCUCAACGUGCGAACAGAGAACGCUAUCGCCCGCCUGGUACGACAACGGAUAGAGACUGCACAGCGUGCGGCGAAGGAACGGGGUGCACCUUCUAACGGCGAAGGAGGGGAGGAAGUCGGUAUCGAGGGAGAUGCGCUGGUGGAGGGGAUUCAUAUGCGGGAGCAGGAAGUCAAUGACGAUGAGGAUACGAUUUGA